AUGAAUUACUUAUUAGAUCAUCAAGAUAUGGAUUGCAAAGUAUUUCUUCAAAUUUUCCGCAAUCUAGCAUCAAUUCAGGACGAUAUUUAUGAUGAAGUAGAAGAUUUCAUUCCAUUUAUACUUGAUUUCAUUACAAUUAGAGUCAAUAAAAUUGAACAAAUGACAAAUGACGAAAUCAAUUCAAUUGCUUUCUUCAUUGGACUUCCUUGUCGAAAAGUUGAUCAAUUAGAUGAAAAAUACCACGUUUUACUAUCAAAUAUUCUACUUUUACUGGCUACACACGAUAUCACAAAUUAUAAUAUCCAAAAACAUACAAUUCAUGCAGCAACAGUGUUUGUUAUCAAUGAAGAAACAUACCAACUGUUAGUAGACAAUUCAUUUCUAUCAUUUUACCUUAAUAAUUUUAUGAAUUUUUCUCAAAAGCUUUGGGGAGACAUUUGUUCAUAUUUUGGUGUUUGUCUCAACAUAGUACCAAGUAAUGACAUGUUUUCUAGGUUUAAUACUCAAAUUUUAAUUGAAAAAUUAAUUGAUAACCCAAAUAAGAAAUAUAUCAUUGGUGUAUUUUAUUUUUUGAAUUGUGUCUUCCAAUUGCAACAAGAAAACUUGUCUUCUUGGGUUUCUGCAGGAUUAAUUGAAUAUUCACUUAGAAUAUAUCCAGUUGCACCACAAUUCAUUAAGAAGUCAAUUGUUGUUUUAUUUGUUAAUGUAAUUUUGAACGGACAACCUGAAAUUGUUAAUGAAAUUUUGAAUACUCCAAUUCUCCAAUAUAUUAUUGAAUUUUUUGAAUAUUCAAAGACAAAACUUCGAAUACAAAUAUAUAAUAUGAUUAAAUACAUCAUUGAAUCUCAACAAUUUGAAUCAAUUGAUUUUAACUCAAUUUUGGAAAGUGUUAUGCCAAUUGCUAUAGAAGAUCUCAACUCUGAAAAAACAGAAAUAGCUGAAUUGGCCCAAUAUAUUGCUGAUAUGGAAGAUUUUGCUGAAUGA